UAUUUAGGUAACUUUUUUUUUUUUAUUCUUUCAAAAAUUUAAAUCACAUAAAUCCAAACACAAGGGAGUUAAUUAGUACAGCCAUACACAGAAAGACGAUUUAGAGAGAGAAAGAAGAGAGAGAGAGAGUAUAAUUUAAAGGCGUGCAAAAUUUCGCAGGGGAGAGGAAGCUUUUCCUUUUUCUUUUUUCUUUUUCUUCCUGAAAACUACUGUCCAAAAAGAGCUGUUAAUUAUCUCCGCCCCCCCGCUCGCCUGAGUCACGAUCCCUGUUUACCGUGCUCUCCGCCAGGAAGAAGGUGGCGCCGACGGCCGGCGGCGGUGCAAAUCUCAGCUGCGGUAGGAGAAAUGCUGAGGAUUUUGGGAGCUGAUUUGGGUCCCACAUUGCACAUCUUCUUCUGAUCUGAUUUUGCCCUAAUCGGAUCCCUGCUUUUUCAAGAUGUCGUUCAAGAGCAUUGUACGCGAGCUAAAGGAGAUGAGAGACGGGAUAGGCAGCAAAUCGAGAAGGGGUUUCGAGGGUAAGCACUGGAGAAGCAAAGGCAGAUCAUUUAUAGCUCCAGAUAUCGUUGCUGCUGCUUCUUCCGAGGCAAUCGAGCAAGGGCAGUGGGCGAAUCUACCGCCCGAAUUGCUUUUGGACAUCAUUAAACGAGUCGAAGAGAGCGAGACGGCUUGGCCUGCGAGAACGGUUGUUGUCUUUUGCGCGUCGGUUUGUAGAUCCUGGAGAGAUAUUACGAAGGAGAUUGUCAAAACUCCCGAGGAAUGUGGGAAGCUCACCUUCCCCAUUUCGCUUAAGCAGCCGGGGCCUAGAGAUGCUCCAAUUCAAUGCUUUAUUAAGAGGGAUAGGACAACUUCCACAUUCCGACUAUAUUUUGGACUGACGCCAUCUGAGAACGAGCCCGACAAAUUAUUAUUGGCCGCCAAAAAGAUCAGAAGGGCAACAAGCACAGAUUUCGUCAUUUCUUUAGUCGCCGACGACUUUUCUCGAGCCAGCAACACUUUUGUUGGUAAACUCAGGUCCAAUUUUCUCGGAACGAAAUUCACCAUAUACGACAGCCAGCCCCCAACCAACGGUGCCGCCCAACACAUCAGUCGGCAGAGCCGAAGAUUCAACGCUAAGCAAAUAUCUCCGAAACUACCCGCAUACAACUACACUGUAUCCACAAUUUCCUACGAACUCAACGUUUUACGCACAAGAGGGCCCAGAAGAAUGCAAUGCACAAUGCACUCGAUCCCCUUCUCUUCAAUCCAGGAGGGGGGCACCGCCCCCACCCCCACUUCUUUUCCACAGUGCUUCGAAGAGAAUAAAUCUUCUUCUUCUUCUUCUUCUUUUUCUGCAUUGUCGGCAAUCUCGAAUAAUAAUAACAAUAAUACUAAUAUUGGAGGAGCUGCAGCGGCACUUGUGCUGAAGAAUAAGUCGCCGAGGUGGCACGAGCAGUUGCAGUGCUGGUGCCUGAACUUCAAAGGGCGGGUGACUGUGGCGUCGGUCAAGAACUUCCAGCUUGUGGCGGCAUCGGUUGACCCUUCGGUUGACCUGGCGGCCGCUGAGCAAGAGAAGGUGGUUUUGCAGUUUGGGAAGAUUGGGAAAGAUAUAUUUACGAUGGAUUAUCGGUACCCGAUCUCUGCUUUUCAAGCUUUCGCUAUUUGCUUGAGCAGCUUUGAUACUAAGCCUGCUUGUGAGUGAAGGUUUCGGCUUGAACAUUUUUAUUUUUUUUAUUUUUAUGUUUUAAAUUAUUUAUUCUGAAAAAAAUUAUUGUAUUGUUAUGAUGAAGCAGGUGUAUUGUAGUUGAAUACAUUAAUAUAUUUUUAAUGUAUCGUUGAAUAACAUUAAU